UAACCUCUGAUGAUGUCUACCUGAUGAUAUCUAACUGACAGACCUCUUACCUACUUCAAGUCGUCUUGGUGUAUUUGAGCCUAUUUCUUAUCUUACGUGUGCUGCCCCCUAGGGAGAAUGUCCUUGUCUGGCUGGGUGUGUGUAGUAACGGGGGCCUCCAGAGGCAUCGGCCGGGGCAUCGCUCUCCAGCUGUCUGAGGCCGGAGCCACCGUCUACAUCACCGGGCGCCAGGAGACCAGUCUGAAACAAACUGCUGCACAGGUGAAGGAGAGGGGUGGAAACUGCGUGCCAGUGAUCUGCGAUUCCACGAAAGAAAAAGACAUCGAAGACCUGUUUGAACGGAUCAAGCGUGAGCAGAAUGGCCGGCUGGACAUCCUGGUGAACAAUGCCUAUGCUGGAGUCCAGGCCAUCUUUGAGAAUAUGGGGAAGAAGUUCUGGGAAACCGAUCCGUCCAUUUGGGAUUCCAUCAACAACACCGGCCUCAGGGGACACUAUUUCUUCUCAGUUUACGCAUCCCGGAUAAUGGUGGCUCAAGGUCAGGGUCUGAUCGUCACAAUUUCCUCCAUGGGGGGUCUGCGGUAUCUCUUCAAUGUGCCAUAUGGCGUUGGCAAAGCCGCAUGUAACAGGCUGGCAGCAGACAUGGCUGUUGAGCUUAAAAAAAGGGGAGUGGCUUCUGUCAGUCUGUUGCCGGGAGCCGUACAAACAGAGUUGGUGACUCAGUUGGUGUUGGAGAAAGAAACACCACAGGGUGGCGAUCCCACGGUAAGGUCACAGCAAAUCCGUUUCUCCGGUAACUAUUUUAGUUGUUUUAGUCUUUUGCUAAAUCUGUUUUCUUUGGCUCAGUUGAAAGAAGUCUUUGCCAAUGGGGAAUCCACAGAAGUGAGCGGGAUGUGCAUUGUCAACCUGGCAAAAGAUAAACAUCUGAUGUCUCUGACUGGGAAGAUACUUCUGACCUGCGACCUGGCAAAGCGCUAUGGCAUAAAAGACAUUGAUGGUGAGUUUAUAUCAGCUGCCUGUGUUGAUGAUGCGGAGUCACGUGAUUCUAAUGUUUUGUUCCUCUGUUCAUUUCCAGGACGGAGUGUAACCGAUUACACUUCUCUGACAUUCCUCCUGAGCCGGGUCCCUUAUCUCUCCUGGCUGUCGGCUGUUGUUCCUUCAUUCAUACACCUGCCACGCUUUGUGCUCACCCUCACUAGUAACCGCUUCUAAACAGUGUGUGUGUGUGUGCGUGUGUGACGGUCUUGGAUUUUUGUGUCUUGUUUCCUGUUAUAUUUUGAUGUCCUUGUCUCCUGUCCUCGGUUUCCCUGCACCUCCUGUCCCUGUGAUUGUCUGCCCUCUCCCUGAUUGUUUCCUCCUGUGUCUAAUCACCUGCACCUUCCCAGUGUAUUUAAACCCUGUUUGUCUCCUACCCCAGUGUCGGUUCUUCCUGUUUAUAUCCCUAGUGAUCU